UAAGGCGACCUGAGAACACAAAAGACACACCAAAAUGGGUAUAAAGAAUAAGGGUUUCAUUUCAGGGCUUUUAGGGUUCUUAUGUCUAGAUGGGCUGCUUCUUUGCUUAGCUGCCGAUAUCCACUAUUAUGAUUUUGUACUACAAGAAGCGAAUUUUACGAAGAUGUGUAGCACAAAAAGCAUGUUGACUGUAAAUGGAAGUUUUCCAGGGCCAACAAUUCAGGCUCGUAAAGGCGAUACGAUGUUCAUUAAAGUCAUUAAUCAAGGGACAUAUGGUGUCACCAUUCACUGGCAUGGAGUGAAGCAACCAAGGAAUCCAUGGUCAGAUGGUCCCGAGAACAUUACACAGUGUCCAAUUGCAGCAGGAACCAGCUUCACUUAUGAGGUGAUAUUGUCAACGGAAGAAGGAACUCUUUGGUGGCAUGCUCAUAGUGACUGGACUCGUGCCACAGUCCAUGGUGCCAUUGUUAUUUUACCAGCUGCUGGAACUACUUAUCCAUUUCUUACGCCUUAUAAAGAACAGACAAUCGUACUUGCAUCAUGGUUCAAGGGAGACGUGAUGGCGAUGAUAACUAAUUCAAUCGCAACUGGAACCAAUCCUACUCAGGCAGAUGGUUACACGAUCAAUGGCGAACCAGGGGACUUAUAUGAUUGCUCCAACGAGACAACAUAUCGCCUAUCAGUUGAAUAUAACAAAACUUAUCUUCUACGCAUUGUGAAUGCCGUGAUGAAUGAAGAACAAUUUUUCGGAAUCGCAAACCACAGCCUCACUGUUGUUGCGCAAGAUGCAGCAUACAUAAAACCAAUAAACACCACUUAUAUAAUGAUAACUCCUGGACAAACGAUGGACGUUUUGUUCACAACUAACCAAACUCUUAGCCACUUUUACAUGGCUGCUUCUCCUUACCAUGAUAGCGUUCUCACAUUUCCCAACUCCACCGCGACCGCAAUUGUUCAAUACGAAGGCAAUUAUACCGCUCCUUCGUCUCCUUUCUUCCCAACUCUUCCUGCUUACAAUGACAUCGAUGCCGCACAAAAAUUCACUAACAGCGUAAAGAGCUUGGCAAAUGAAGAGUAUCCCAUCAGUGUUCCGGAAAGAAUUAACACGCGAAUCUAUAUAGCGGUUUCUUUAAACGCAUUAAGAUGUUCCAACAGUUCGUGUGAUACCGCUGAUGGUGAUAGGACAGCUGCAAGCUUAAAUAAUGUUAGUUUCGAUACUCCUCAAAUUGAUAUACUGCAAGCAUACUACGGGAGUUUGAAUUAUGUUUUUGACCCGGAUUUCCCAACUGAGCCACCGGUUUUUUUCAACUUCACCGGAGAUGUGUCGAACGUAUCAAGGUACACAGCCCAAGGGACAAAGGCGAGGAUGAUUGAUUAUGGUCAAGCAGUUGAAAUUGUGUACCAAGGGACUAAUCUCGGAGCUGCAUCAAGCCAUCCAAUGCAUUUACACGGCUUCAGCUUCUAUCUCGUUGGGACAGGUUCCGGGAAUUUCAACAGUGUGACUGAUCCAACCAAUUAUAAUUUGGUAGACCCUCCAGAACUUAACACCAUUAACCUUCCUAAAAAUGGAUGGGCUGCAAUUCGAUUUGUUGCGGAUAAUCCUGGAGUGUGGUUUAUGCAUUGUCAUAUUGAAAGGCACGCAACCUGGGGAAUGGAUACGGUUCUUAUUGUAAAGAACGGUACUACUCCGAACACGUCGAUGCUGCCACGUCCUACUUACAUGCCGCCUUGUUCUUAAUUAAUGAUUCUAUUAUAUUUUCAUAAUAAAGUUGUCUGUGAUUAACUAGUCCAUGAAGGCUUAUUGGACUUCUGAUGUACCAAAAGAUUUGAAUAAUAUCUUUUGGAAUGACUUCAGUUUUAAAUAAAAUGAAAGUUAAUAAUU